AUGAUGAGAACGCUGUCUCAGACAUUUCGGUCCGUUAAACGCCCAAUUCCAAACCCUAAAUCAUCCAAAUCAUCAUCCCCUACAAAAUCAGAAUCCAAAAUCAACGCCAAACCAAAAUCAGACUCAUGGUGUGUUUAUCUCAUUCUCUCCACCAACCUCCCAAUCAAAACUUACGUUGGCGUCACAACCAAUUUCCCUCGCCGUUUAAGACAGCAUAAUGGUGAACUUAAAGGCGGUGCGAAAGCUUCCCGUGCUGGAAGGCCAUGGAUUUGUGCAUGUAUUGUUUGUGGCUUUGCAGACCGAAGUGAAGCUUGUAUAUUUGAAUCAAAGUGGAAAGCUUUGACAAGGAGACUUCCACGCAAAAAUCAAAAUGACGAACCCACCAAGCAAAGCGAAGAUCCAUCACGCCCACUGCUGCAACACAGACAAGCAGCUUUAAAUAGAGUGAAAACCUCACUUGACUGCUCAGACUUAGAAAUUAAUUGGCAUUUGGAUCCACUCUGA